CCGGUUUUGACAAAACUGGUAGCUAUGAUUUUCCAGCAACGAAUAUUUUAAGAAAAAUUGCUAAUUGAAGAAAAGAACCUACAUAAAUUUUGCUUCUGUGUUAGUGGUCAUGUGACAGAAUGGCCCUACACCAAGGAACUCUUGCCAUAUUUGAAAACAAUGUAGGGGUUAGUGAUGCUGUUCUACUUCAUCCAUUGACAGAGGAAAACUUCAUCCGUAAUCUAACCGACAGAUUCAAUCAUGACCAGAUUUAUACCUACAUUGGAAAUGUGGUGGUGUCGGUCAACCCCUACAAACCUGUGUCGCUGUACACACAUGACAUCAUUGAUGAAUAUCGUAAUAGAAACAUGUAUGAAUUGCCUCCUCACAUCUAUGCCAUCACAGAUGGAGCUUACAGAUCUAUGAGAGACAGAAACUCGGACCAAUGUAUCAUAAUCAGUGGGGAAAGUGGAGCUGGCAAGACAGAGGCCAGUAAGGUAAUAAUGCAAUAUGUUGCUGAGGUGUCUGGAAAAGGACAAGAUAUAGACAGGGUCAAAGAGCAGCUGUUACAGUCAAAUCCAGUCUUGGAAGCUUUUGGGAAUGCAAAGACAAACAGAAACGACAACUCUUCACGAUUUGGGAAGUAUAUGGACAUUGAGUUUGAUUACAAAGGAGAUCCCUUAGGUGGAGUCAUUACUAAUUAUUUACUGGAAAAGUCACGGGUAGCCUUCCAGAUGAAAGGAGAAAGAAAUUUCCAUGUGUUCUAUCAACUGUUACGAGGUGCUGAUAAAGAGUUACUUGAUGCAUUAAAACUGUCGUCAGAUCCUGAAUCGUAUGUGUUUUUACAAAAGAGUGGUUGUGUAGAUGUUGAUACAGUAGAUGAUGACCAUAGCUUUAGUGUAAUUAAGAAUGGUAUGAAUGUGAUUGGUUUUAAACCAGAAGAAGUGACGAUGACAUUCCAAUUAGUAGCCAGUAUUCUGAAACUGGGAAAUGUUUUAUUUCAACCUAAAAGUAACAAGGAUGGGACUGAUGGCUGUGAUCUACCUAAUAUGUCAGAAAUCAGUGAUGUCUGUGAGAUGUUAGGAUGUUCAACAGAUCUGAUGUGUGAAGCUUUGACCACACGUACUGUAGAGGCUAAAGGUGAUAAGGUCAAAAGAGAUUUAGAGGUUGCUGAGGCAAUAUAUGCAAGAGAUGCUUUAUGUAAAGCUAUUUAUAGCAGACUGUUCUCAUGGCUAGUAUCCAGGAUUAAUGACAGUAUUAGAGUGAAGUCCAAACAGAAAACCAAAGCAAUGGGAGUGUUAGAUAUUUAUGGUUUUGAAGUAUUUAAGACAAAUGGAUAUGAACAGUUUAUAAUUAAUUACUGCAAUGAGAAAUUACAACAGAUAUUUAUAGAAAGAACAUUGAAAGAAGAACAAGAGGAAUAUGUGAAGGAGGGAAUAGAGUGGAUUCAUGUAGAGUAUUUUAACAAUGCUGUUAUCUGUGACCUUAUAGAAAAGAGUCCUAGCAGAAAAGUUCAUCCUAACACUGGUAUAUUAGCCAUGUUAGAUGAAGAGUGUAUGAGACCAGGGAACGUGACAGAUAUGACAUUCCUGGAGAAAAUGAAUGUCAGCUGUGCUACACACCCACAUUAUGAGAGUCGAGGAUGUAGAAAAAAUCAGUCGGACAAAACUUUGGAUAUUUAUGUGUUCAGAUUAAAACAUUUUGCUGGAAGUGUUGUUUACAAAGUGAAUGGUUUUAUUGACAAAAACAAUGAUCUCCUGUUCAGAGAUUUGUCUCAAGCCAUGUUCAAGUGUAAACAUAAAUUGUUGCCAAGCUUUUUCCCAGAAGGAGACCCAAAGCUCAAAUCCAGAAAAAGACCUCCAACAGCAGGGUCACAGUUUAAGGCUUCAGUGACAGAAUUAAUGGACAAUUUACUAUCAAAGAGUCCCAACUAUAUUAGAUGCAUCAAGCCAAAUGAUUUUAAGAAAAGCAAUCAGUUGGAUUUGAAGAUUGUGGAACAUCAAGUCAGAUAUUUAGGCUUAAUGGAAAAUGUACGAGUAAGGAGAGCAGGUUAUGCAUUCCGUCAAAUUUAUGAACAAUUUUUAUUUCGCUACAAAAUGUUGGCUCCUGAGACUUGGCCUUCAUGGCAUGGUGCUCCAAAAGAAGGAGUCCGGUUAAUACUGGUAGCUCAAGAAGUUCCUGUGGAUGAAUAUGCCUUUGGUAAAACAAAAAUAUUUAUACAGAAUCCCAAACUGCUAUUUGACAUUGAAGAAAGUAGGCGACAGAAAAUGCAUGAUUUGGCUACAAUGGUACAGAAAAUAUACAAAGGAUGGAAGCAGAGGACUUUCUAUCGGCUUAUGAAGAAAAGUCAAAUAAUAAUCUCCUGUCGAUUCAGAGGAUUCUGGGCUAAGAAACAGUAUCAAAGAACAAAAGCAGCAAGUCUGGUGCUACAAUGCUAUGUUAGAGGGUGGAAGGCACGUGUGUUACUGAGAAAGCUUAAGAGAGAGAAGCUGGAAUUGUGGGCUGUUGGUGUCAUUCAUAAAUAUCACAAUGGAUGGAAAGUUAGGAAAGAAUACAGACGUAAAUUUAAAUCUAUAGCUGGACCAAAGAUUGUUAAGUUCUUGAGGGUAGCAUUGAAGAAACGGUUCCUGUUACGUGUAAAGUCUAGCCUGCCAUCAAUGUCACCGUUGGAGAAAACUUGGCCAAAGUGUUCAUCUUUAUUCUCAACGACAUCAGAACAGUUACGAGAUAUUCACCAUAAAUGGAGGUGCAUGAAAUAUAGACAGAGAUUUGAUGAAGCUGAGAGGUACAAGAUGAGAGAAAAACUUACUGCCAGCAAACUCUUUAAAGAUAGGAAACCUACUUAUAGUCAAACUGUAUCAGUGCCUUACAAGGGAGACUAUCAAAAUAUUCGACAAAAUCCACAAUGGCAGAAAAUGGCAGAUAAAAUUCAAGAUCAUCAUAUUAUAUUCUCUCACUUAGUGAAGAAAAUCCACAGAGCUAAUGGAAAGCUUGUAGACCAAUUACUAGUAAUGACAACAAGAUUCAUGCAUUUCCUUGAUCACAGAACCAUGAUGAUAAAAUACAUGAUACCUCUCUCAGAAGUUCAAAGAAUCUCAGUCAGUCCCUUCCAGGAUUGUGUGGUAGCUAUUCACAUACAGAAGCAACAGAAUGGAGACUUGUGGAGUAAGAAAGGAGACUAUGUAUUUUUGUGUGAUCAUUUGAUAGAACUUGUAGCAAAGUCAUAUUUAGCCAUUGAAAAUUCAUCAUCAAAACCACCAGAAGUUCAGAUACAGAAUUCAAUCCCAGCCUUGUUUGGUGGAUCAGAAGUAGAGAUCACAUUUACAGAAGGAAUGAAAGAUCUACCAUCAGGGACAGUCAAGGCAGCCAGGAAAAAACAUAAUCUUACUAUAAUGGUGCAGUGAUCAUUGUUGUGUCUGGUGAUAGUAGAUAGGUACACAUGGGACGAACCAUGAUCAAGGAAACAUAAGUGUGCAGUCUUCAUUGAAGAACACUAACCCACACAUCUUGUCAUACAUACUUUAUCAGUAACACGAGUUAUAAUACAUGAACAGCUGCAAAAUAUUUCUAUAGAGAAAUCAGCAGAAGAUAAAAAGGAGAGAACUGAUUAAAUGUUACUCACUUUUUUCAUUAUAAUUCAUUAGCUAUUUUUUCAAAUGUUUUAUAAGAAUAUUUGGUAGGUUUUAUUUUUGUACUUUUCAAUUUUCAAAAUUUAUUUAUUUUACAUUAAUUUUUACUUAAUUACAGUAAAUAAUUACCCUGGAAUGAGAAUUUCCCCCUCUUAUAUCUGUUUACAUACUUCUUUAAUGACAGUCAGUCCCAAACAGAUCAUUUCAAUAGAUUUCCCAGAAACAAUCAAGUAUAUAUAAAAACUUAUACCUUAUAGUAUGAUACACAUGUUAUCCCUUAUCUUAUUUUAUGUUACUAGACAAUCCUUUAUUGGGCAGCAUCGGAAAAGACUUUUAGGCAAAUACCUCAUACCUAGUUUCCAGUUAUUUUUAUUUGAAUGAAAAAGUAAUUAAUCUUGGGUUUUUGCUCAUUGUUGAAGGCCAUAUGGUACCCUAUAGUUUCUUGAAUUCAUGUCCUUUGUUCUCUGGUAGAUAGUCGUCUCAUUGGCAAUCAUAACACAUCUCCAUAUAUGUACUUAUUAUAUAUAUUUUACUCUAGAGAGAUUUCAAAUUUGAUACUAUUUUAAGAUGUGAUUAUGUUAAUUCUGUGUGAAAAAGGGUGCUCACCAUAUAUUUUAACAUUCACUUUUAGUUUCAAGGUUAAUCGAGUGUGGAAUUAUCUCCCCUUUAAUAUGCAUUACUUCUUGAAGAUGGUUGCUCAUGGUGAAUUGUGGGAAAUUCUGAACCAAUUUGUUGUCUUUCUUCCUGCAUAUAUGCCUUACAUUUUUUCAGGGUUAUUUAUUAUGCAAACAUUGCACAGAGAAGUGCCUGAGCACAAAUUUGUAAGUUUCACUAUUUUAGAUAGGAAAGUUAUCACAAAUAUUUAGGGUUGUCAUCUUCUACAAAUUAAUUUACUCUGUGUCUGACAAACCUUGUUUUCUUGCUAAGCUUUGAAUUUAACUUAGAAAAUUAUUUUGCGUUAAUUUUUUUUCUCAAUUUACGAAUCAUUUUUAUGAUCUUCAAAAUCCAAAUUUAUCCAAUCAUAUUUAUAAUAUCUGACACCAUGUUUUAAUGAAGUUAAUUAGUUCAGCUGGGAUCAAAGAUAAAAUGAUAAAUUGCAAACUAUCUGUAUAAGGUUUUAAAAAAAAAUGUUUUAUGCAUUUUCUUUUUGUUAUUGGUUUUUUUCCAGAUUUCUAAAAUCAUAUCAUAAGCUGGUUAUACAGAGUGACACCAUUCUUAAGAAAGGAGCAUCUUAAUAGAUCAUGUACUAGAUAUGUGGAAUCUAGUGUUUCUCAUUGUUAGAGACAAUUGCAUGGUGUUUUUGCAUCAAACAAAUUUUCAUCUUUUUUUUUUUUUAAUUUUAUUAGAAUGUGAUGUAUUUUCAUUUAACUAUGUCAUCCAGUCUGUAAUCUAAAAAUUGACUUUUUACUCGAAAUGAAAUAAAUAUCAAAAAUUUCUGAGAUAUUGAAUGUUCCUGAUUUAGCAUUAAUAUUUUGUUCAUAUGAUCAACAAUUCCUGAUAAACAUCUUCUAUUAAAUAUAUUUAUAUGUGUUUUAUUAUAUGUUGUUAAGAUCAAGUGUUCACCAAAGAUUUUAUAUCCUCAUGUUAUCAAUGUAAUUGUAAGAAUUUUUAAUAUUUUAUAUUUUGCUUCAAAAUCAUAUACAUGUAUGUUAUAUAUGUUGUUGUUGUGUUAAGUGUCAUAUUAUAUGUGUAUAGAAUUUAUCUCGUCUUUCAUAUAUACAGUGAUUUUUUAAAACUAUUUUGCAAUGCAUAUGGGAACAGGUGUCCACUUACUUUUUAUACGACCGCAAAAAAAUUUUUGUGGUCGUAUAUUGGUAUGACGUUGGCGUCGUCGUCGUCGUCGGCGUCGUCGUCCGGCGUCGUCGUCCGAAUACACAUUAGUUUUCGCACUCUAACUUUAGUUUAAGUGAAUGGAUCUCAAUGAAAUUUUACCAUAAGGUUCAAUACCACAAAAGGAAGGUGGGGAUUGAUUUUGGGGGUUAUGGUACUAACAGUUAAGGAAUUAGGGGCCAAAAAGGGGCCAAAAAUAAGCAUUUUUGUAACUUCCAGACAUAACUUGUGUGUAAGUAUAUGGAUCUCUCUGACAUUGUACCACAAGGUUCCAUAUCACAAAGGGAAUGCUGGGAUUGAUUUUGGGGGUAAUUGCCUCCAAAUUUUAGGAAUUAGGGGCCAAAAAGGGGCAAAAAACAAGCAUUUUUCUAGUUUCAUGACAAUAACUUGUGUGUUAGUGUAUGGAUCUCUCUGACAUUGUAUCACAAGAUUCCAUAUCACAAAGGGAAUACUGGGAUUGAUUUUUGGGGGUAAUUUCCUCCAAAUUUGGGGAAUUAGGGUUCAAAAAGGGGCAAAAAACAAGCAUUUUUCUAGUUUCAGGACAAUAACUUGUGUGUUAGUGUAUGGAUCUUUAUGAAAUUGUACUGCAAGGUUCCAUAUCACAAAGGGAAAGCUGGGUUGGAGUUUGGGGGUAAUUGCCCUAAACGUUUAGGAAUUAGGGGCCAAAAAGGGACAAAAAAACAAGCAUUUACCUAGUUUCCAGACAAUAACUUGUGUUCAAGUGAAUGGAUCUCUCUAAAAUUGUACUGCAAGGUACCAUACCACAAAGGGA